AUUCAAUCUCUUUUCAAACAUUCAGAGAUAAUUACAUCAUGAGCUACCGCGGAGGACAUGGACGAGGUGGACCUGGAGGCAUGCAGCCAAAGCCUCGUGGUGGAGGGGGAUCAGGAGGGAUGAACUUUCCAAAUGACAUGUCACAACAGCAGUCAACAGGAUAUCAACAGCGUGGGUUUCCACCUCAAAUGAUGCAGUCCCAGCAACCAGGACAACAGUUACAGCAGCAACCGCCAACAAUGAACAUGCCACCACAGCAGAUUCAGAUACCAAUAGGCCAACAAAACUCGCGUGGAUUUAUGUCCGGUAUGCCUUCACCAUCCCUAGUGCAACCAAGCUCCACGCAAAUAAUGGGAUAUCAAGGAACUGGACAAGGCACCAAUGCUACUAGAACACCAUUUGGGCCACCUAUCGGACCCAUUGAGCAAGGUCAAAAAUCACAUCAUGAUAUUCUUCGAAAGCAUCAAGAAGAAUAUGCACUCAAGCAAUCUGGACAGAUGGCAAUGGCGCAAGCCCAUUCGACAACUCCUGGGACAUACAUUGGCAUGUCCUCAAAGCAUAACAACAGUAUCAUACCAGUUCUGCCUCGGUUACCAAAUCCAUCAAUUUAGUAACAAGAACCAUACCAAUUAAAAUACUAGCCAGAAUGUGAUGCG